GCGGCGGCCGGGCGGGGCUGAGGUGUUCCCGUCGCCCGCAGCGCCCCGCGAUGCGGCCCGGCCCGCUCGACGCCUCCAGCCGCCCCCGGUGACCCGCCCCCCCCGCCGGUGCCCCGGGCCGGGUCCCCCCGCCAUGCUGCGGCGGCUGCUGGAGCGGCCCUGCACGCUGGCCCUGCUCAUCGGCUGCCAGUUCGCCUUCGUCGCCUACUUCUCCCUGGGGGGGUUCCGCAACCUCACCUCCCUCUUCGGCCGCGCCGCCGGGCCCGUCUUCGACUACUCCCGCACCCACGACGUCUACGCCAACCUGAGCCGGCUGCUGCCCCGCCGGCCCGCCCGCCCCGACCCCGCGCAGCCCCUGCCCUUCUGCCCCGAGCGCUCGCCCUUCCUCGUCGGCCCGCUCACGGUGAGCUUCAGCCGGGUGCCCACGCUGGAGCAGAUCCAGGCAAAGAACCCAGUGGUGCAGGAGGGCGGCCGGUACCAACCCUCCACCUGUGAGCCCCGGUCCCGCACCGCCAUCAUCAUUCCCCACCGCAAUCGCGAGACCCACCUGGGCCACCUCCUCUACUACCUGCACCCCUUCCUGCAGCGCCAGCAGCUCCAGUACGGCAUCUACGUCGUGCACCAGGCAGGUAACUCCACCUUCAACCGUGCCAAGCUGCUGAACGUGGGGGUGAAGGAGGCGCUGAAGGACGAGGAGUGGGACUGCCUCUUUCUCCACGACGUCGACCUCAUCCCCGAGAACGAUCACAACCUCUACACCUGCGACCCCUGGAACCCCAAACACGUCUCCAUUGCCAUGAAUAAAUUUGGCUACAGCCUGCCAUACCCCCAGUACUUCGGGGGGGUCUCGGCUCUCACCCCCGACCAGUACAUGAAGAUCAACGGUUUCCCCAAUGAGUACUGGGGCUGGGGCGGCGAGGAUGACGACAUUGCCACCAGGGUGCGCCUGGCCGGCAUGAAGAUCUCCCGCCCACCCAUCUCCAUCGGUCACUACAAGAUGGUGAAGCACAAGAGUGACAAAGGCAAUGAGGAGAACCCUCACAGGUUCGAUCUGCUGAUCCGCACGCAGCGGAUGUGGACACAGGACGGGAUGAACUCCCUCACCUACACACUGCUGGCCAAGCACCUUCACCCGCUCUACACCAACCUCACGGUGGACAUCGGGACGGACCCCCGCGCCGGCCGGGGCCGCAGGGGGCUGGUGCCAGGCCACGAGGGCCAGAGGUACCGCAGCAGCACCAGCCUCUUCCGGGAGGAGAUGCUGCGCAAGCUGCCCCGGGACGCCGCGGGGUGGGGGGACCAGGGGCUGUCCCUGUCCCAACGGAUGCCCACAGCCACCACACAGCAGCUGCUGGUGGGUAACAGCACCCAGGGUGGCGCCGGCUCCCUGCUGGCACCAGGGAUCACCCAGCGCAGCCCCGAGGCUGCUGGGGAGGGUGAUGCCCACCCGGAGAACAGUGCUGGGGCAGCUGUGGCACAGGAGGAAGGGACCCUGCCCACCCGUGGGAACAACCAGAGCUUGCCGCAGGGCGCCCGCUAGCCGCUGGCCGCUGCAGCCCCACACGGACUCUGCCUGCCACAGCCUGGUGCCGGAAAGGGGCCGCCCAUUGUGCGUGGGGUCAGGGAGCUGUGGCUGGGAUGGUUGCACUGAGGCCUCACUGGAGAGACUAGGGAAAGCAGCGAGCCCUGGGGCCAACUGCCUGGGGUGCUGCUGGCCAUGGGGCCGGUGCCUGAUACUGGGGGGCACCCUCCGGGACAGGGUGCAGGGAGAGCUGGGGACUUGCCCGACACCAUCUCCCCAAGGGCUGCGGGUGCCUGAAGGUGGUUGCAGGCUGCGCUGCCAGCGCAUGGUUAUUUAUUCUAUUUAUGAGCUGCUCCCUGGACCUUUAUAAGGGUUUUUUCAAUUAAAAAAACACUUUGUCCUA